AUGGGGCUCUUCAAGAAAAUUGCCUCGGCUAUGGGCCGAUCCCGUGGAAACAUGCGCAUUCUCGUGGUGGGUCUCGACAACAGCGGCAAAUCUACCCUGAUCGAGCAUAUCAAACCUAACAAGGCGAGCACAUUCGAGGCAACCCCCACUGUAGGGUUUCAAGUGCAGGAGUUUGCCAAGAACAAUCUUAAUUUCACUGUAAUCGACAUGUCCGGGCAGUCGAGGUACCGCACGCUCUGGGAACACUAUUUCUGCAAUGUCCAUGCCGUUAUCUUCGUGGUGGAUAGCACUGAUCGUGUUCGGAUGUGCGUUGCGAAGGAGGAGCUCGAAGAGGUUCUCAAGCACGAUGAGGUUCAAAAUUCAGGCAUGCCUAUCCUGGUGUAUGCCAACAAGGGCGACUUGCCUGGAUCGAUGUCGCGGCAGGAAUGUGCCGAUGAGCUCGGACUGAGCGGAUUGAAUGACGAGCAAACACCAUGGCACAUCGAGAAAAGCAACGCUCUGGUUGGGUUGGGGGUCGAGGAAGGGGUCAACUGGUUAGUCCAGACUUUGCAGUCCGCGUCGGGGAGGCGAGAAACGACAGAAGGACGUCGGUCGUCCGGAAGCGGCCACAAGUGA